CGAAUUCAUUUAAUUAGGCAUGAAGGAGUUUCUCUAAUACCAUUUUAUCGAAGUUUUAAGAUAAUAUAGAAAGCAUUAUUCUUUCAUUUAAUUUGAACAAAAAUUUUUACGAGAUAGUUAACACUGAAUUUAGUAAUUUCGUAAUUAUUGGCCUCUGCGGUCGUUAGCUGACUCGAGGAAAAAUAGAGAAUUGAAAUGUCCAAGUGAUAAAAAAUCAAUUCAUAUGAACUAAGCCCAAUAUUUCAGCCCAACUACGAAAUAAUUAAGAAUUCGGUCGAAUAGUCUUCCACAACAUGUAAAUUCCGUAGAAUUUCAUCGAGAACUCUCUGGAGUUUUUCAUCUAUUAAUUUCUUUUAUUAAAGUUUUUCAUGCAUAAUAUUGCUAAUUUGUGAACAAAAAUAACUAUGCCAUACGAAGACGAAUGCAAUUGCCCACGUGAUUUCGUUUGAAUUCAAAAUUUGAGUUGCUCUCGUUGUAUCGCUCCCUCCGGGAGUGACAGAUAGCGGGAGAUAUGAUCGUCUUAAAAGCGGGGAGAUUAUGGGGCUUUAAUCGCUGUGACAUAACAUUCAGCGACGGUGAGUGCGGCGAUUGGUCUGCUGCAACGCUUAUAAAUACCAGCCGGACAUGGGUAGUUAAGAAUCAGUCACAAGUUUGCUUCGCCGAGUGACAGAUUGAGUCUUUCCGUAGCUUCCUCCAGCGCAAGCUCUCUUUUCAGGGGAUUUAUCAGUUGAAAAUGGAUUCCAAGGUCACUAUUGAACAAUUAACCGGCCCUUACGAUCUCGGCGAGGGCCCCCACUGGGACGAGGAAAACAAUCUCCUGUAUUUUGUUGACAUUCAUGCACAGAAAUUCUUCGCUUUCGAUCCUUCUACGCAGAGUCUUACAGAAACGUAUCUAACGAACGGUCCCGUAGGCGUAGCAGUUCCCGUAGCCGAUAAGAAGAACACGUUCAUAGCUGGAAGCGGCAGAGAUCUGGUUGAAUUCCAAUGGGAUCCGUCUACCAGCAACCCAAAGCCCGAAAUAAAGGUCCUGUCCACGGUGGAGGUCGACCGCCCCAACAACAGGUUCAACGACGGAAAAGUCGACCCCGCGGGGCGGUUCUGGGCCGGAACAAUGUCCGACAAGGAAGACCAGACCGCCGUUAAUGCGGGAGCUCUCUACAGAUUCGAGGAGGACGGUACACCCGUCAAAGUCCUCGAAAACAUCACCAUCAGCAACGGUCUCUCCUGGAGCCACGAUAGCGAGACCUUCUAUUACAUCGACUCGCCGACCCUCGAAGUCGUCGCUUACGAUUAUGACAUGGAGUCCGGGGAUAUCUCGAACAAGAGGGUAAUCUUCAACUUGAAGGAGAAUGACGUGCCCGGAGUGCCCGACGGCAUGACUAUCGAUAAGGAUGGUCAUCUGUGGGUCUGCGUUUGGGACGGCAACCGGAUUCUCGAGAUUGAUCCGGAAAGCAAAAAGCUCUUGAGAACAGUGGAAAUGCCAGCCGCGAGAAUAACCAGCGCUGUUUUCGGCGGGCCCAACUAUGACAUUCUCUACGUCACAUCCGCAAAGCGCGGUUUGUCUGAGGCUGAUUUGGAAAAGCAGCCCGCAGCUGGCUACGUCUUCGCCGUUCAGGGGCUGGGGACGUCAGGUGUCAAGUCCCUCAGCGCUAAAAUGUAAAAUUUUGUUGUGUUUCUAUCAAAAUUAUGAUUUAUGUUCACUAAUGGACAGAGAAUAAAUGAUUUAUUGAGAGUGUAA